AUGUUCAGCUUCUCCGCAUCUUCCAGCGGGUACGAGGCGCCCGGCUCGUUUCACACGCCGUCCACCUCCUCCUUAUUCGGCCAAGACGAUGCGGAAUCAGACCCUCCAGUGGUAUGGGAAUCCAAUGUAGCGUCGCAGCGCCUGCAGCUCCAGACCAAUUCGGUGGCCGACGCUUCAAACCGCUCGCUGUUUGCAUUGAACCUCCAAAAGUGGACAUACCUCAACCACGGUGCAUUUGGGGCUCCCACAAAGGUGGCAAUUGAGGCUGCAGCCCGUUGGAGGGCGCAGGCGGACGCGCAGCCGCUGAAUUUCAAUGAUCGAGAGCUGUUCCCACUGGUCGUGCGAGCCAUCAAAGCUUUCGCUGGCUUCGUUGGCGUCUCUAAGCCGGAAACCUUAGUCCUACUACCCAACGCAUCUGCCGGACUGCAUUCCGUGCUUGCAUCGCUGUUAAGAGGAGAAAAGGAGAAGACAGUGGUGCUCUUCAGCACAAGGUACGGCGCUGUAAGGAAGAUGCUGCAAGCGAUUGAAGGUGGGAGUGGAGUAUAUGUACAUGAAGAACCGCUGGCUUUAGAGGAGUCUUAUGACGACCAAAAGGUAAUAGAAAGAUUGCAGAAGGCGCUGGAUGCUGUACAAGCCACUGGACGCCAAGUAACACUCGUGGUGGUCGACCACAUCACGUCCAACACGGCUGUAACGAUGCCUGUGAAGGAGAUUGUGCAGCGCUGCCACACCCGAGGCAACGGCAUCCCCGUAUUGGUGGACGGUGCGCAUGGAUUGCUGAACGUGUCUCUGAAUCUCGACGACAUUGGUGCCGACUACUACGUUGGCAACUGUCACAAGUGGUUCUGCUCACCACGCGGCGCUGCCUUCCUACACGUUGCAAGAGACAAUGGCCCUGCUAUCGAUCCUCGUGUAGUCUCGCACGGAUUCUUCGACGGCAUGCAAAGUGCCUUUAUGUGGACAGGGCUGCAGGACUACAGUGCAUGGCUUGCAUUGCCACAGUGUCUCGCCUUCUGGCGUCGUCAAGGUGUUACUGCCACACGCGAGUACAUGCAUUCCCUAGCACAAGAAGCUGCUGAGCUACUGUACUCUCGAUGGGAGAUGCCUGCCCACCUUGCAAGAGAACGCCAAGUUCCGAUGCACAAACGUCACGCCAUGCGUCUCGUACAGCUUCCGACUUCGACAAGACUUUGUGGCGGUGUCGAAGUGGACGGGAACAACCCGAAAGCCUCUGCAACAGAUGCCAAACGCGUCCAGGACAGUCUCCACUAUAUUCACAACAUCGAAGUGCCUGUCAAAUCCAUUGAUGGUCGACUGUACGUUCGUCUGUCUGCUCACGUUUAUAACUGCCUCGAGGACUUUGAGAAACUUGCGAUCGCCGCAUUAGAGCAGCGUUAA